AUGAGUCGAGAGGAAUCUCCAAUCUAUCCGCCAAAAGGUGGUUUUGUAUCAAACGAUGGCUUCAUUUGGACCGAUCAUCAACCAGAUUUCGAGCUAAUUGAGCCACCAAUUAUGGCAUCCGUCGAUUGCAAUUAUUUGCAAUUUACAAGAAACAUAAAUCGACCACCAGAGAAGCGAAAAGUGCGAAUUGUGAACCAUGGCGAUUAUCCAAUCGCAUUCAAAAUUCUCACCACCGACAACUAUUCGUAUUUCGUCGAUCAAGUCUAUGGAGUAGUUCCAGGCCGUCGAAUGGUGCUCAACCCACAUUGUCGAAUGACGAAUAUGAUUGAAAUCAAUGUGUUCCAUAGGCCAUAUAGUUGUUAUCCAGAUGAACAGCAAUGCAAAUUUCACAACACACCUCGAAAGGAUAAAAUGUUCAUUUUGCUCGCGCCUUAUAUGUGCAGCACAUUCUCGCCGGCGGCGAUUUUUCACAACGACAGAGCGUACGAAAAAAUGCGAAUUAUUUUGCACUAUACCGGAACACUGAGCGAAAAUUCGCCGAAAAUUCGCCAAUUAUUGCUGAGUGGUGUUCCCGGAUGGUGCACAUGGCAAUUGGCGAAGAAAUCGAAUGACGAAGUUUGCGAAAUGAACGAAUUCUUGAAUAUGCACAAACAUAUUAUGGAUCAAUACAGUAAAGAGUUGGAGAAGAAAAAGAAGAUCAUGAUUCAGAAGAAUCAGGAGAAAAAGGCGGCGAAAUUGGCGAAGCAUAACACAUUAAGAACUAUCAAAUCAAGCACAUCACUCGUUGAUCACACCGCGAUCUCUGCAAUUGGCAGCAAUCAAAGCAAUCUCACCCAGCAAAAGCAAUUUGGAUUUUUGAAAGUGCUCAAAAUGCGUUCAAGAGAUCGGGGUCUCAAACUUUCACGAAUUCAUAAAGAGCAUAAAGAGCGAAACUUGCAUAACAGUGGCGAAAAAAAGAUUCAUAAGCAUCAAGAAGCGAAAAAAUUGAGCAAAAUUGCGAAAGAGGCGGCGCCGAGCUCGCAUAAAUCGCAUCAAGUUGCUUUGAUGAUGAAAGAGGAAACAAUUGCGAAAAAGGUUGCCAAACAGCCAAUGGAAAUCGGUAAGAUAAAUUCGGUGAUUUUGAAGCCUUUAAAAAACUAUUAUGAGUUUCAGCGAAAGAAAAAUACAAAGCAACUGCAUUCCCUCGAACUUCAAAGAAGACUCAAGGUGAAUCAUACGACAAUCACCCUUCAAUAUUCUAUAUUUUUAGCUUAUGCUCAUACGAAGCUCAAAAAUCUCAAAGAAGCUAUACAGACUCAGAAAUCCGAGGAAGUUGAAAUGAUGAAAACGCAAAAAUCGGAAGAAUCGUUAUCGGUUAUGCGAAUGUUGACAUCCCAAGGAUCACAUGUCGGCGUAUCGAUACUGAAGAAGCAGAAAGCGGCGCCGAAAGAUCAGAAGACGUUGACGAAACAGAAAAGCGGCGACAAUCUAAGCCUCAGCAAACUUUCCUCCGUCUCUGGUCCCUGCAAAAACCGUCUAGUUACAGUCAAAUGGCAAAAUGGAAAAACUGGAAUAUUUCCGGUCAUAUGGCUUCGUGACACUUCGCCGGAUCCAGAAACUUAUUCGAUAUCGGCUGCUAUGAAGGCGCGAAGAUUAACAAUGAAUACAUUCGACGUCGAGCAAGGUCUUCAAAAAAUUUGGAUUGAUCCGAAAGAUGAUUGCCUCAAAAUUGAAUGGGAUUCAGGCUUGAUAAGCACGUAUUCUUCGUCAUGGCUUGAUUUUCGCAAUCCGUCGAACGAAGAAGCGCGAAAGAAUCGCCGAAAAGUGUAUUUGUUCCCAGAAGAGACUUGGGGAAGAGCUGAAAUCGAGAAAAAACUGAAGCGAUUCAAUCACAACGAUUUCAUGAAUGACGAUCGAGUUGCUCAUGAUUUCCUCGAAGCAGUUUGUCUCGACGGAAUCGCGAUUCUCGAAGGAGCUGAAAAACACCGACGAGGCGCGGUCGAUGCGAUCGGAAAUCGAAUAGGAAUGAUCAAAAGAACACAUUUCGGAAAUGUAUUCGAAGUGACGACAAAAGAAGACGCUUCGAAUAUGGCAUAUGCAUCGAGUGGCACCCUUCCAUUUCACACCGAUUUUCCAUCAAUGGCCCAUCCGCCGCAACUCCAAAUGUUGCACAUGCUUCAAACCGCCGAAACCGGUGGAAAUAGUCUUUUCGUCGACGGAUUCCAUGUCGCCGAGAUUCUUCGACGAGAAAAACCCGACGUGUUCGAAUUGUUGUCGAAAUACUCAAUGGAAUACAUUGAAGAAGGUUAUGAUGUGCAUGAGAUCGACGGGAAAGAUUUCCGAUAUGAUUACGACAUGUGCGCAAGACAUAAAGUUAUAGAAACCGAUGAAAAUGGCCAAGUGAAAAAAAUCUUUUUCGGAAACGCAAUGAGAAGUUGGUUCUAUGAUUGUGAGCCCGAGAAAAUUCAAGACAUCUACAGAGCAUUGAAAACGUUUACUGAUUAUUGUUACCACGAGAAGAAUGUGCUCAAAAUCCGUCUUGAAAACGGCGAUACUGUACUCUGGGCAAAUCAACGCCUACUGCACACUAGAGACAGCUACAAGAACGCUACGGGAAAGCCGCGAACAUUAACCGGCUGCUAUUUCGACUGGGAUACGGUCAAGUCUCGGGUGCGGCAACUCCGAGACAAAAUCGAUCAUCCAAACAAUCAGCCAUCUGCAUAG